AUGGAACCCUUCCUCAGGAAGCGGCUGACCUUCCUGUCCUUCUUAUGGGACAAGAUCUGGCCAGUGGACCUGCCCGAUGACUGUGGACCUCGGGCCUUGGACAUAGAGCCUGAUGAGGCAGAGUCCCCGGAUGCUGAGGCGCCCUGUGCUGAGCCUGGUGGUCCUGCGGCACCCCCGGAGCAGCUCUUCAUGGCUCUGUGCGACUUCAGCGCUCGAUGUGCAGACGAGCUGAGUGUCAGCCGAGGGGACCGGCUCUUCGCCCUCAAGGAGGAGGGUGACUACAUCUUUGCCCGCAGACUCUCGGGGCCACCCAGCACAGGGCUCGUACCUCUCACCCACGUCACCAAGGCCCCACGGAACGUGCUGUCUGACCAACCCUGGUACUUCAGUGGGAUCAACAGGACAGAAGCCCAACAACUGCUCCUGUCACCUGCCAACGCCCCGGGGGCCUUCCUCAUCCGGCCCAGCGAGAGCAGCCGUGGGGAUUACUCAUUGUCAGUCCGGGCUCAGGCCAGGGUCUGUCACUACCGAAUCUCCACCGGGGCCGAGGGCAGCCUCUAUCUGCAGAAGGGCCGUCUCUUCCCCAGCCUGGAGGAACUGCUUUCCUACUACAAGGCCAACUGGGAGCUGAUUCAGAAUCCACUGCUGCAGCCCUGCGCACCCCAGGUACGCUCGCUGCAGGACGAGUGGGAGCGACCGAGAUCCGAGUUCGCCCUGCGGAGAAAGCUGGGCCAGGGUUACUUCGGGGAAGUGUGGGAAGGAUUGUGGCUGGGCUCUACGCCAGUGGCCAUCAAGAUCAUCAAGUCAGCCGACAUGAAGCUGGCAGACCUAGCCAAGGAGAUCCACGCACUCAAGAGCCUCAGGCACGAGCGGCUCAUCCGGCUGCACGCGGUGUGCUCGGCGGGGGAGCCAGUGUACAUCGUCACCGAGCUCAUGCGCAAGGGCAACCUGCAGACCUACCUGGCCAGUCCUGAGGGCAAGGCCCUGAGCCUGAUCCACCUGUUGAGCUUUACCUGCCAGGUGGCUGAGGGCAUGGGUUACCUGGAGGAGCGGCGCAUUGUGCACAGAGACCUGGCCGCCAGGAAUGUGCUAGUGGACGAUGACCUUGCCUGCAAGGUGGCCGACUUUGGCCUGGCCCGGCUGCUCAAGGACGACAUCUAUUCACCGAGCAGUGGCACCAAGAUCCCUGUCAAGUGGACAGCACCCGAGGCCGCCAACUACCGAGUCUACUCCCAGAAAUCAGACAUCUGGUCCUUUGGUAUCCUGCUCUUCGAGGUCUUCACCUACGGCCAGUGUCCGUAUGAAGGAAUGACCAACCACGAGACUCUGCAGCAAAUCUCGCGGGGGUAUAGGCUGCCGCGCCCGGCCGCCUGCCCCGCAGAGGUGUAUGCACUCAUGCUGGAGUGCUGGAAGAGCAGCCCGGAGGAGCGGCCGACCUUUACUGUGCUGCAGGAGAAGCUGAGUGCCAGCUACAGACGCCUCCACCUGGCUCUCACGUGA